GGUUGCACAUUGUUAGUGACAAAAUCUAAUAGGUUGAAGUGAAAGAUAAUGUGACAGAAAGUAAGAACUACACCACUGAAAUCCUUCCUGCUCUGUGAUUCCAGGAUAGUACUAUUUCAGGAUACUACUUAACUUAUAGUACAGUUUAGAGGUGUUAAUUUACAUAUCCAAAGCUACUGUGCCUGUAAUGGAGCUCUCUAGCUGUUUUCCACAGCUGAAGUGGUGGUAGCAGUGGGAUUGAAUAGAGGGAAAUAUGUGACCACAACCAGUGAGUGAACAGAAUUGGUUUCAAGGUUUGGCCUUCAUGUGUAAGCCUUUGCUCCCCAGUAUUGUUGAACUGUGCAUCUGAAGCUUUUGUGACAGAGGUUGUUUCCUAGGCCAUUGAGUAUUCGAUUCACACACAGCUCUAUCAGAUAUUUGUAGGGUUUGUAGUAUGUGGUUGUGGUAGGCAAGUGAAUUUUUUUUUCUUUUUAAAACUGACAUUUGAAUUGGGUGUCCUACAUGACUGCCCUUAAUAUAUGAAACCACAUGCAAAACAGUGUGUAUCCCAGGGUUCAGAUCUUUUUUUGUGUGCCUGUAGUUCAGUAACCAGGCUGCCAGUUUGGACGAGGCACUUUUUGGCUUAACUGCUAAAUCCUACGCUGUUCUGUAACUCUGAUUCAGUUUGACACCGCUUAAGUGAGUCCCGUUAAUGUGAAAGGGGAAGUCAGAUGCUGACAGGCUAGUGGUAUUCCAGUAAUAUGUCAGAGCCAAAGUCCGCUGGGCAGCUGUGACAGUAUGUGCUACUUCUGCAUCUUCAGAGAAUGUUUGUCCGUCAAUCGCAACACCACGCAUCUGUAAAAUAAUUUAUCUGAGCUGAAGAACGUAUCCUUACACUGUGUGCGGACCAUUCUAUUAAUUUGUAGGCCAUACUGCUUAUUUAUAAAUGUGGCCUUGUAAAUUUUAUUUAUUAUGUGUGCCAUGAUUGUAUAUUUAAUUAACCUUUUGAACAAAUAAGGGCCUAAACUACUGGUCCCUCCAAAUAAUCUUACUAAAGUCACACUUAACUAAGUUUUACUUUUCGUACCAUUAGAGUGCUUCAGUUUUCCCGCAAGCAGUUACCCCGUCUGUCUAAAACUUAUGUUAAGUUUAACAGGUGGGCAAAGUUGUGUUCAUUCUUCAAAGGGCUGUUGGGGUACAUUCCACAUACUUUGGAGUUAGAAUUGGAUCUUUAAAGAUUGUGUCAUCAGGAUCCAGACAGAGUCCUUCAAGUUUGUUGUCUUGAAUGUAAUUUUCCUUCUCUCAAUGAAUGUCCCAAGAAAUAAGAGGUGCUUCUCCUGCAUUGUGUGCCAAGAGAAGACCCGUUGCUACCCAGGUGAGGCAGUGAGCGAUAUAUGUGGACUGACAAACUGAACACUUUAAAAAAAAUAAUAAUAAAUAAGAGACACUUUUUUGGGAGUGCUGCUUUACAUGGCCUGUUUCAGGGUCACUUAUGGUGCUUCUCUUGCUCUUCGCUUCUGAACUGUGCUUUCAGAGUUCUGUCUGAAUAAGAAAGAAGGAGAGAAACGCUACACGGCGGGGGCUAUUCUGCCAACCCCUUCUCCCUUUCCUCCCCUCACCCACCUCCCUCUUGGAUUCUUGGAUUGUUGUGGUCCUUGGUGUUGAUUUGGCACCCAGUCUUUAUGGGGCAGCAGCCAGGAAAAGUUCUCGGGGACCAGCGGAGGCCAAGCUUGCCAGCUCUUCACUUUAUCAAAUCUACAAAGAAGGACUCGUCCCGGCAUGGAGCCCAACAUUGCAAUGUUUUCGUCGAGCAUGAAGCUCUCCAGCGACCUGAAUUUGAGCCUCCUGGUUUGACUGAAGCAGCCCGGUGGAACUCCAAAGAGAAUCUACUAGCAGGCCCCAGCGAGAAUGACCCCAACCUCUUUGUUGCACUGUAUGACUUUGUAGCCAGUGGGGACAACACUCUGAGCAUAACCAAAGGGGAAAAGCUCCGUGUCCUAGGUUACAACCACAAUGGAGAGUGGUGUGAGGCCCAAACCAAAAAUGGCCAAGGCUGGGUGCCCAGUAACUACAUUACACCUGUCAACAGCCUGGAGAAGCACUCCUGGUACCACGGCCCAGUUUCACGCAAUGCUGCAGAGUACCUCUUGAGCAGUGGAAUCAAUGGCAGCUUUCUGGUACGAGAGAGUGAGAGCAGCCCGGGACAGAGGUCCAUCUCAUUGCGCUAUGAAGGCAGAGUAUACCACUACAGAAUCAACACAGCCUCAGAUGGCAAGCUCUAUGUGUCGUCAGAAAGCCGCUUCAACUCACUGGCAGAGCUGGUGCACCAUCACUCCACUGUGGCAGAUGGGCUCAUCACAACCUUGCACUAUCCGGCUCCCAAGCGCAACAAGCCCACCAUCUAUGGGGUGUCACCCAACUAUGACAAAUGGGAAAUUGAGCGCACAGACAUCACCAUGAAGCACAAACUGGGUGGCGGACAGUAUGGCGAAGUCUAUGAGGGUGUCUGGAAAAAGUAUAACGUCACAGUAGCAGUCAAGACUUUAAAGGAGGACACUAUGGAGGUAGAGGAGUUUUUAAAGGAAGCUUCUGUGAUGAAGGAGAUAAAACAUCCCAACCUGGUGCAGCUCCUGGGUGUUUGUACGAGGGAGCCUCCUUUCUACAUCAUCACUGAGUUCAUGACCCAUGGCAACCUGCUGGAUUAUUUGCGGGAGUGCAACCGGGAAGAGGUCAACGCUGUUGUGCUGCUCUACAUGGCCACACAAAUUUCUUCAGCCAUGGAGUAUCUUGAGAAGAAGAAUUUCAUCCACAGGGAUCUUGCUGCCAGAAACUGCCUUGUAGGGGAAAACCACUUGGUAAAGGUGGCAGACUUUGGCCUGAGCCGACUCAUGACUGGCGAAAUCUACACUGCACAUGCUGGUGCCAAAUUCCCCAUUAAGUGGACAGCCCCAGAAAGCCUUGCUUACAACAAGUUCUCCAUCAAGUCUGACGUCUGGGCCUUUGGUGUUUUACUGUGGGAAAUUGCCACCUAUGGAAUGUCUCCCUAUCCAGGGAUUGACCUGUCUCAGGUUUACGAGCUCCUUGAGAAGGAUUACCGCAUGGAUCGUCCGGAGGGCUGCCCAGAGAAGGUCUACGAGCUCAUGAGGGAGUGCUGGCAGUGGACUCCAUCAGAGAGGCCAUCAUUUGCAGAAAUACAUCAAGCGUUUGAGAACAUGUUCCAGGAGUCGAGCAUUUCAGACGAGGUGGAGAAGGAGCUGGGAAAGAAGGUCAGGAAAGGAGUGGCCAGUUCGUUACUCCAGGCCCCUGAGCUGCCCACCAAGACCAGGACUCUUCGCAGAAAUGUGGACAAGGACAGUGACAGCCCAGAGUUCGCUGAGCCCGAGGUGGCCGUCUCUCCGAUGCUUCCUAGGAAAGAGCGAGCUUUUUUGGACAGCAACCUGAACGAGGAUGACCGUCUGCUACUGAAGGACAAGAAGCCCAACUUAUUCAGUGCCUUGAUCAAGAAGAAGAAAAAGACUGCCCCUGCCCCUCCAACACGCAGCAGCUCCUUCCGGGAGAUGGACAUGCACCCUGACCGACGUGGAUGCCUGGAAAUGGGGGAGGAUUUCAAUAACGGGCCCCUGUCGGCUGAUGCUUUGUCCUCCAUUGACCCCUGUAAGUUUCAGUGUGCCAACAAUGGCAGCAGCAUUACCAAUGGAGCCACCACUCAGCCGGGGCCUUCAGGGCUCUUCCUGCCGCACACCAGAAAGUCGAGCACCUUGACCUCCAGCAUAGCUGGUCGAAUUGCUGUGACGCCCAGUGAGGAGGACCCCGUAUCAAAUUCGAAACGGUUUUUGAGGUCCUGCUCUGCCUCCAGCAUGCCCCCUGGUCCCGAGAAAGCUGAAUGGAAGUCGGUCACCCUGCCCAGAGACAUUCAGAUCUCUGCACACCACUUUGAUCCGUCUCCCUUUAGCCGGCCAGCUCUGCCACGCAAGAAGGCCAGUGAGCACAAAAGCGAAGGUGCCGCUCGUGCUGGUGGUGCACUUACGCCCCCUCCACGGCUGCCCAAAAAGGUAGACGAACCAGUGGAAGAUGUGUUUAAGGACCCCGAGUCCAGCCCAGGCUCCAGCCCACCAAACCUGACACCUAAGCUUAGCCGGCGUGCCCAACCUACUUCGGAUGGCACCAAAAACAGUGGUAUGCAGACAUCGGAACCGAUGCCCAAAGGCAGCACUUUCAUGGGUGCAGGCGGGAGUGAGGAACCGCGAAUGAGACGGCUGAAAUCAGCUGUGGAGAAAGGGAAACAGCAGAAACCAAAACCAGCUCCGCCACCCCCGCCCUCCUCAUCCACCACUAAAUCGGGCAAACUAGCUCGACCUCCGCCACUUGAGUGCCCCGCUGCUCCUGUGGACACCAAAGCCAAAGCUGUAGAGAGCAGCCCAGCAGAAUGUGGAAAGAUGCCACAGCCCCUCGAGGGGAAUAAGAAGCUGGCCGUGACAUCCGUUCCCAAACUGCAGCAGAGUAAAACGCCCCUGUUGGGGUCCUCCACAAGUAGCCAGCAGCAGUUGCCGCCCCCUUCCAGCUCCACGACCGAGCAGUCAUCCUCGCCCACCGCCUUCAUUCCCCUGAUCUCCACCCGGGUCUCGCUCAGGAAGACACGCCAGCCCCCUGAGAAACUAUCCGGCUCGGCCAUCACACGUGACAUGGUCCUCGAAGGUACUGAGCAGCUGCGGGUGGCCAUAGCCCGUGUGUCUGAGCAGACCGGCAGCCAUGGGGCGGUACUGGAGGCCGGGAAGAACCUGUUUGGCUACUGCGUCAGCUUUGUGGACUCCAUACAGCAGAUGAGAAACAAAUUUGCCUUCCGUGAGGCCAUCAACAAGCUGGAGAGCAACCUGCGGGAGCUACAGAUCUGCCCGGCCAACUCUGGGGGGCCGACAUCAAGCCAAGACUUCUCCAAGCUGCUCUCGUCAGUCAAGGAAAUUAGUGACAUUGUCCAGAGGUAGCAAAAAAGAUGCGGAAAGUUGGGGGACACAUGAAGAAGAA